AUGGAAAUUGGAUCCGAAGGGGGAGCAAUAGAAACUAUAAGACUUAACUGUAUAUUGCAUAAUACUAUCUCACAACUGCUCCUCUCUUGCCAAAAGCUAGCCGUCCAAGAGUUCUUUUUCUUCUUCUCCAUUGAAGAAAGUGCAAAUUCAAUCAAUGAUUUAGGCGUCUUUAAGGUUACAAUUUCGGAGACAUGGGAUCGUGGAUCACUAAAGGUAAUUACUCACGGCUUGAAAUUGAAGAAGUUUGCGGAAGUUCCUAUGCCAGCUCCUGUAGAGCACUGGAUUCAGGAAUCUGGGCUGAUGCAUCUAUCUUCAGACUACCUCACAAUGGCGGAUGGUGGUCUGAUAUCGGCAUUUGUUGAAAGAUGGCACAGAGAGACCAACUCAUUUCAUCUGCCAUUUGGAGAGAUGACGAUCACCUUAGAUGAUGUUGCGACUCUCCUUCACAUCUCACCGCAUGGUAAAAUUUUUGAUGCACCUUUGAAUAUGAAUACUAAUAAUGCUGUAAGAGCUGCACAUGAGUACUUAGGUGCAACAUGGGAGGAAGCAUGUGCUGAGAUUAGUUAUAAUAAAUGUGCCCAAUAUAGAUUGCAAUGGUUGCGUGAUUUGUAUAGCCGUCUCAUUCAAACUAACCAGUUUGAGUGUGCGGCUAGAACGUAUCUGUUGCAUUUAGUUGGCUGCACUAUUUUCGCCGAUAAAACACAUACGCGUGUUGAGGCGAAAUACAUUUCUCUUUUUAUUGAUUUACAUCGUUGUCGAGACUACUCGUGGGCUUCCGCGGCAUUAGUUUUCCUUUAUGACAACUUGGGAGAUGGAGCUAUCCACGACACUCGACAGCUGGGAGGUUACAUGAGCCUACUGCAGAUAUCUGCAACUUUGCCAACUCACAAGCACAUGGUAAUCCAUGAGUUGUUCUGA